AUGCGUGCUGCUACCCUCAUCACUCUUCUCGCCUCAGUGGUCUCUGCUGCUCCAGCCGACGACCGUUCUUGUUCCAAGACCAAGAACAUAUGCCCUGUUGUCUUUGACGGUCGAGUUCCCUCCAAUGCAUCUCUGACCGAUUUCGACAAGGAGAACGGUGGUGGUUGGAACCCUUACAACCCAGGCUUCGUUAAAGGAAACAACAUCUCAUGGUCUGAGAUCCUCAAGCUUCCUCAAACCACUCGAUCUCGUUUCGACGCUGCUGGCAAGACUCUCCCACUCGAGGUUACCAUCAGCGAUGAGAGCAUCUUCAUGAAGCAGGUUGGCUUCCGCCGCGCGGGCCUGCAGUUCAGCAAGGACAAGAACGAGGGUAGCCCUGGCUCUGAAGGUAUCAAAACCCUUCACUUCAGUCUCAUGCAGGACGAGAGCCGGCCUCUUAAUCUCAGCCACGAAUACCUAAAUGUCUGGCAUGAGAAGGCCGAUUUCUCUGGAAACCAGUUCCAGUUCCAGGCUGGUACCAUCAUCGGCCAGAGCCACGCCGCCGAGACCUGGAAGCUGUUUGAUGAGAAGAUGAAGCUACUCUGGGAGACUCCCAUGCUCAAGGGCAAGUGGCAGAACUUUGCCAUUACUCUCAACUUCAACAAGAACACCAUCCAAGCCUACUACUCUGAGGGUUCUAAGCCUCUCAAGGUCGCUACCAAGCCUAUCGCUCGUGACUUGAGCGGACAGGGACAGUACCAAAUCGGUAUGCUCAAGAAGCCUACUGGUACCGACGAUGUUGCCAAUGCGGGAUUCCAGGAGGACAAUUUGAACGAGGGACUUAUCUAUGGUGGUAUCUUCCUCGAGGAUAGCAAGAACGACUGCAUCUCUCUUUAA